CUUAUCUUCCCCUGGAUCCCUCUUCCUACUCUCACCCUGGCUCCCGAGGUAAAGUGCUUCCCUCUUGCUUUCUCUCCCUCUGCAUCUUUCUCCGCGGAUCCCUCCGUUGCUCCAGAGUGUGAGGGGGGGCUUCAGUCCUCCAGUAGGCCUAGGCGGUGCUCUCCAAUCUGGAUUAGACCAGGCUGUGUGGCCCCCUGGAGCUCUGGAGUCCCUCUCUCACUAUAGCGUAGGACAGCAGACACUCACAAACUAAGUCUACUGCCACUAGCGGGCAUGUAGUGGCAUCGAGGAGUGUGUGGAGGCAUAGCUUGUAGUGUCUUAGGCUGUUUCAUAGGAAAGUUGGUGUGCUUGCAUGCAGGCGCAUGCAUUAGUAUAGAUAGUCUGUGUUUGUGCAUGAACGUGUUGCUUAUUGUGGUGUGUGUGUGUGUACAGUAUACGUGUGUGUAUGUAUGCUGGAGUGUUUUCUUGUGCCCCUGCUAAAAUUCCAUUCUCCCUCGUUCUCUCUCGCUCUCUCUUUUGUUCUCUCUCUCUCUCUCUCUCUCGUUUUCUCUCUCCAGUCCUCAGUGCUGAUAGGGUGGGGCAGAUGACCAAGACCUACAAUGACAUUGAGGUUGUCACACAUCUACUGGCUGAGGUGGGCUCUCAUUGGUGCACUGUCUUUGACACAUGGCAGUGAUUGGUUGUCAUUGAUGAUUGUGGACGCGUGAUUGGAGGACUAACUGUUGCGUGUCUCAUUGGUUGCAGCGGGACCGGGACUUGGAGCUGGCCGCUCGGAUUGGUCAGUCUCUGCUUCAGAGGAACCACCUGCUCCAGGAACGUAAUGAGUCUGUGGAGGAACAGCUAGCACAGACCCUGGACCAGGUAACACACAGUACUGUAAACACACACACACUACUGUAAACACACACACACUACUGUAAACACACACUACUGUAAAAACACACACUCACACCCCCUCUGACCCACUCUCCCAGGUGUACCAGUUACACACCACACCCCCUCUGACCCACUCUCCCAGGUGUACCAGUUACACACCACACCCCCUCUGACCCACUCUCCCAGGUGUACCAGUUACACACCACACCCCCUCUGACCCACUCUCCCAGGUGUACCAUUUACACACCACACCCCCUCUGACCCCUUGUCCUAGGUGCACCAGCUACAACAUGAGCUGGGGAAGAAGGAUGAGUUGCUUCGGAUGGUGGCCAGCGCUUCGGAGGAGAGUGAGACGGAUUCCAGCUGCUCAACGCCGCUGCACCCCCGCCAACCCCUAGCGCCCGCUGUGGCCCUCAGCCAGCUGGAGGCCCUGCAGGGGAAAAUGUCUGAUCUGGAAGAGGAGAAUCUGGCCCUACGCUCUGAGGUAUAGCUGAAAUGGCACCCUAUUCCCUAUAUAGUGCACUACUUUUGACUAGGGCCCAUAGGGUUAAGGUUAGGAUCAACGGUAGGGUGAUCUGAUCCUAGAUCUGUGGUCAGUGCCAAUUCUACCUCGACCGUGCACUUUCUGUGGUCCAGCCUUUUUAAUGUGCUACGAGGUAAGCCCUUCAUAGUGUCCCUCUGGUCCGACCAGGCCUGUCAUCUGAUAGUUCCUAACACCUCACUGUAAACCCUGUGGUCCGACCAGGCCUGUCAUCUGAUAGUUCCUAACACCUCACUGUAAACCCGUGGUCGACCAGGGCCUGUCAUCUGAAUAGUCCUAACACCCUCACUGUAAAACCUGUGGGUCCCGACCAGGCCUGUCAUCUGAUAGUUCCUAACACCUCACUGUAAACCCUGUGGUCCGACCAGGCCUGUCAUCUGAUAGUUCCUAACACCUCACUGUAAACCCUGUGGUCCGACCAGGCCUGUCAUCUGAUAGUUCCUAACACCUCACUGUAAACCCUGUGGUCCGACCAGGCCUGUCAUCUGAUAGUUCCUAACUCCUCACUGUAAACCCUGUGGUCCGACCAGGCCUGUCAUCUGAAGAAGGAGACCAUCACCUACGAGGAGAAAGAACAUCAGCUGGUCAGCGACUGUGUCAAGGAGCUGCGUGAGUCUCACACACACACACACACACACACACACACACACACACACACACACACACACACACACACACACACACACACACACACACACACACACACACACACACACAAAAGGCAUGAAUCAGGUCAAUUAACAAUUAAUUAGGUUAUUGAUCUCUAAGGAUUAAAGAGCUGUGUGGGUGUGUUCAGGCGAGUCCAACAGUCAGAUGGUGAACCUGACAGAGGAGCUGUCCCAUAAGAAUGAGGAGGUGAUGAGACACCAGGAGGAGAUUACCCAGCUCCUCUCCCAGAUAGUAGAGCUCCAACACCGCGUCAAAGAGGUGAGGGGGGGAAGGGGAGAGGAGUUUGUAAUUGAUGUUGUAGUACUAAUUGUAGAGUAACAGUACUAAUGAAGUAUGUGUGUGUCUCCAGUUGGCCCUGGAGAAAGAGGAACUGAGGAUUCACCUACAGGCCUCUAAAGAUGCCCAGAGAUCACUCACUGCAGAGGUGAGUUGUCUAGCAAUGAACACUUCAUUGAACUCUGACUCCAUAGAAGUGCCUUAAGGUGUGCCCUUAUCCGGUACAACAUUUCAUAACUCUCCAACAUCAUUUGCACCACAGCUAUAUGUCAGAGCAGAACUGCAGCUGAUAAGCAGUAUGAUAUGGCCCUGAGUUGUAGUAUUUUAAAUAUUAUCUUGGGUUUGUUUUGUCAUGUUGACACAAGCAGUGAAUUUGUGUCCAAGGUUAUUAGCUGCAUCAAGGUUUAAGUAAAGUUAAGGUUAGGUGUUUAUUACUGAUGAAUGAGUGUGUGUGGAAUAGGGUAAUGGAGUAUAGGUAUUUAACUAUGUUGUGUUGUGUAGCUGAACUAGCUAGCAGUGGGUUAACUAUUUUGUGUUGUUGUAUAGCUGAACCAGCUAGCAGAGGGUUAACUAUGUUGUGUUGUUGUGUAGCUGAACCAGCUAGCAGAGGGUUAACUAUGUUGUGUUGUAUAGCUGAACCAGCUAGCAGAGGGUUAACUAUGUUGUGUUGUGUUGCUGAACUAGCUAGCAGAGGGUUAACUAUGUUGUGUUGUGUAGCUGAACUAGCUAGCAUAGGGUUAACUAUGUUGUGUUGCUGAACCAGCUAGCAGAGGGUUAACUGUGUUGUGUUGCUGAACUAGCUAGCAGGGGGUUAACUGUGUUGUGUUGCUGAACUAGCUAGCAGAGGGUUAACUGUGUUGUGUUGCUGAACUAGCUAACAGAGGGUUAACUGUGUUGUGUUGCUGAACCAGCUAGCAGAGGGUUAACUGUGUUGUGUUGCUGAACUAGCUAGCAGAGUGUUAACUGUGUUGUGUUGCUGAACUAGCUAACAGAGGGUUAACUGUGUUGUGUUGCUGAACUAGCUAGCAGAGGGUUAACUAUGUUGUGUUGUGUAGCUGAACCAGCUAGCAGAGGGUUAACUACAGUACCAGUCAAACAUUUGGACACACCUACUCAUUCAAGGGUUUUUCUUUAUUUUUACAAUAUUCUAUAAUGUACAAUAAUAGUGAAGACAUCAAAACUAUGAAAUAACACAUAUGGAAUCAUGUAGUAUUUUAUAUUUGAGAUUCUUCAAAGUAGCCACCCUUUGCCUUGACCUCUUUAAGGAAUACCUGGGAUAGGAUAAAGUAAUCCUUCUACCCCCCCCUUACCCCCCCCCCCCCCAAAAAAAAAAAAAAAAAAAACAUUGUGAAGUGGUUGUCCCACUGGCUAUAAGGUGAAUGCACCAAUUUGUAAGUCGCUCUGGAUAAGAGCGUCUGCUAAAUGACGUAAAUGUAAAUGUUGAUGACAGCUUUGCACAUUUAGUGAAUCUGUUAUUCAAUGCUUUUGUAUGUGCUAAUAGCAGUAAAGCCAAAAAUAAUUGUUCAUCAAAUCAUAUAUUUUUUUUGGGGGGGAUACUUCAAGGUGUCUUAAAAUUCUAAAAUCAAAUAGCAAAAUGAUCCUUGGUAUGACCUUAAAACAAUUCCAUAAAGCUCCAUAUAGCUUAGGGGAACCCCCCUCCCCCGGCUUAUGGGUUAACUAUGUUGUGUUGUUUAGCUGAACGAGCUAGCGGACCGUAAUGUAGAGUGUGUGGGGAUGCUACAUGAGUCUCAGGAAGAGAUCAAGGAGCUGCGCAGUAAGAACACUCCGUCUGCAGGCAUGAGACGACACCUGCCCUACGGACUCUUCCCCAUGGUGAGAUAUAUACCUGCUGUACUGUGUGGUUGUGUGUUUGUUUAUGUGUGUGUGUGUGUGUGUGUGUGUGUGUGUGUGUGUGUGUGUGUUAGGGAUGUAACGAUUCACCGAAACACAUCAGUCCCCGAUUCAAAUGUUUAAGAUACAAGUGCGUCGGUCCGCGGACCACUAAGAUCUUUUGCUCAUAUUAUAUUCUUUCUACCUUCAGAAAAUACCUCUCAUAUUUUGUGACAACUGAUACGUCCUCUCCUUCAGUGUCCAACUGCAUGUAACUGUGUUGACCGUCAUUGAUCUACAAGUCAUUUUGCAUGCCGAACAACCCCAGGCAAUAUCAUUAGCCUAGUCAAACUGCGCACUGUGCCCAGCUUUGCGUGCUGACCAACGUGAGGUAACAUGCAUUUCCACGUAAAACACGCUGGGGGCGAUGAAACAACGGAGCCCCAUUAAUUUUCUAUGGAGUGAAGUGGGUGGGGGGACCGUUGGAGUGAAGUGGGUGGGGGGACCGUUGGAGUGAAGUGGGUGGGGGGACCGUUGGAGUGAAGUGGGUGGGGGGACCGUUGGGUGACGCGAGCAUGGCUCGAAGAAGCGUGAACAGGGCGGGACCAAAAAUGGGGAAAGCAGUACUUUUUGCAAAUACUCCGCGACAUCAUGGCGCUAUUGACCAAUCUAAGCUCACUAUAGUUUCCAACCUCUACUGGAUUGGCUGUUGAUACCUAGCAUCACCUGGCCUGCUUUCUAGCACCCACAUGAGCUAUCCAAAUUAUCAUGUUAUGUGGAAGUUGGGCAGUAGACUUUAUCGCAUUAGUGGAAACCUCAGGUCUGCCGGUUUUGACUAGCAGAAGUUACUUUUUGUAGCAGGGAAUUAGGAGAAUUAGCUAAAAUUGUCCCCGACUCGAACAUAUCUAGCUACAAGCAGGCCUGCCUUGAGAACAGUCUUGGUUUCCACCAAUGCGAUGCUGCGCAGGGUAGGCGGCCUGUUACUAUAGUUUUGGCAGUUUUGCUUUAAACAAUCAGUGUGUAUAAUCAGGGUAAAGUUGAUCAUUUAAAAACGAGGAAAUCAAUCACUUUUGCGAGGUGCACUGCAUGGCCGAAGCGAGGGGAGAAGAACACCCAAUAAAAAUGUUCAAAUGGGUGAAAUUCAAAGUUGUGCCAUAUAUUCAUUGGCUAUGUCAUAGCUAAUUUGUAAACAAUAAAUAUUGAUACAUUACUAGCUUAAUCUGCAAAAAUUUUGAGUUAAUCAGUGGGUGAUGGGGAUUUCAGACCCAAAGUGGGGAGGAGAAAAAACAGGCUACAUUGCCCACCUACCUCCCGAGUGGCGCAGUGGUCUAAGGCACUGCAUCACAGUGCUAGCUGUGCCACUAGAGAUCCUGGUUCGAAUCCAGGCUCUGUCGUAGCCGGCCGCGACCAGGAGACCCAUGGGGCGUCCAGGGUAGGGGAGGGAAUGGCCGGCAGGGAUGUAGCUCAGUUGUGGGUUCGUUUCCCACGGGGGGCCAGUAUGAAAAAAGUCAUGUGUGCACUCACUAACUGUAAGUUGCUCUGGAUAAGAGCGUCAGCUAAAUGACUAAAAUGUAAAUGUAAAAUAGUGGUAGUAGGGGUGGUAGAUGCCUACUCUCCUUUAUGGCUCAGAUCAGGUGCCUACAUGGUACAUACACCAUAGACAUACAUCAUUUACACACACACAGAGAGAGAGAGCGAGAAGUCAGCUCAGACUGAUCCAGCUCAGAGAGGCCCAGCUCAUGAGCUCCAUCAACAGCAGAUGUUUAUUUAGAAAGGAAAAUAAAUGUGUUUAUGCAACAAAUGUUAGUGCACCGAUUCGUUCUCUAAUCAAACCCAAUCAUUUCAAACUAAAACGUAUCGUUCCUGUAUCGUAUCGGAGCCCAUGUAUCUAGGUACCUAUCGAAUUAUCUUUCAAGGGUAAGAUGCACAUCCCUAGUGUGUGUGUGUGUGUCAAUGCCUAUAAAUGUGUGAAUAUGUGUGUGUGUGCCUAUUAAUGAGUGUAUUCCUGUGUCUCAGGACUCCCUGGCAGCAGAGAUUGAGGGCACCAUGAGGAGAGAGCUGAGUGUCGAGGACGAGGUGGCUUUCCAGGACCAAAAGUCAGUAUGAAACACACACACACACACACACACACACACACACACACACACACACAAGAGCAACAGCAAUCAAAGCAGAAGCUCCCGUCCUCUAACUCCCCUCCUCUGGUCCUCUCCCUCCCCUCCUCCCCUCCUCUCUCCCUCCCCUCCUCCCUCCCUCUACCUCCCCUCCUCUACCUCCCCUCCUCUCUCCCUCCCUCUCCUCCUCUCCUCCUCUCUCCCCGUCCCCAGAGUUUCCCAGAAGAGGGUGUUCCAGACAGUACGUGUGGUCAACGAGUCGGUAGAGAGAGCUGCGGCGAUGGCCACGCCCCCUAUCCCCGGCUCGGGCAUAGGCAGCUGCCUGGUGAUGACGGCCCAGCCCUUCCAGUCCGCCCAGGGGAUCGACCAAUCACACGACGGCGCCAAGUGAGUUACCCUGGUUGAAGCCGAUUUGUUAGACAUGCAGUCUAAAAUUACGUGGUAUUGAGUGACUGUAGUGGAAUCAUUGAGUCAGUGGCAACUACUUGAGAGAAUUUAAAGCAUAUUAUUUGAUAUGAUUUAAUUCAAACAUAUUUCAGUGAAUUUAGAGCCUAUAGAGGAGUAUAUUUGUGACCGACCGGCUCGAUUCGGUCUUAUGUAGCAAAAUUUGAAAUGGUGUUUUUUACAUUGGAUAAAAGUAGAGACUCAGAGCUAGACAUUUACAUUUACAUUUACGUCAUUUAGCAGACGCUCUUAUCCAGAGCGACUUACAUUAUUUUUUUUUCAUACCCCCUGUGGGAAUCGAACCCACAACCCUGGCGUUGCAAACGCCAUGCUCUAUCAACUGAGCUACAUCCCUGCCGGCCAUUCCCUCCCCUACCCUGGACGACGCUGGGCCAAUUGCGCUAGAAAAUUGUAUAUCAUACACUACAGUUGAGGAACAAUGGGAUAGUAAUUCUUUUUUGAAAGUUGAUAAACUUGUAACCUCAAAGCAAUAUUAUUUGGCCCCGAGAUGCAAAAACUCCCAAAUGUAAUGUCCCAAGAAGGAAGUUGCCCUACCUAAAUAAUACAACGUUACAUUUUAACUUAAUUCAUGAGGAGAGAGAAUGCAGUCAACUAAUAAAGCACACAGUGGACCAUUUUGUGGUUCUGAAACGUAAAGCUGCAACCGCAGCGCAAUCAAUAGGAGGUGAACAGCACCUGGUGCUGAAAAUAUAGCUAACUUGUUAUGCAAGUGUUGCACAGUAACAGAUGGAGAAAACCUACACCAGUCGAGUAAUUCAUUUCAACAAUAAUCUUCAUUUUAAUUUGACUUUACAAACAACUUUUAAUAAUAAUUUUUUUUUAAACCAUUAUUUAACUAGGCAAGUCAGUUACAAUUUAAUUGGAGUCUCUUUCUUCCGAGCCUAGGCCUAUAUAAAAUAACUUAACUGGUGAGGUAGGCUAUGAGGCUUAACAGCAUCUUUCACAAUAACACUAUGUGGCCAAAUAGAAGUGGGAUUUUAUUUAUUUAUUAGGCCUACUUACAAUCGCAACUGGCCAAAAAUGUAGCAUCCUACAUAAAACAAUAAUUUAAAGAAAAAGAAAAAGGCUAUGUCUUUGUCUGAAUGUCUUUAUCGGGAUAGCCUAUUCCUCUGAGCAUGCCACCCAAAACGCACACAAGGAUUCGGCGCUCCUGAGCGCAUCCCUGAUUUGGGUCUAUGUCUGGAAUUCAAUCAGAUUGUGUGCGGGGCGGACUGUGAGAGGAUCACGGACAAACGCAAUUAUAUCCUUGGGCAUCCUGUAGUCCUCAAAUCUGGUGGAGAGGUUGUCCCUCAGCUGCUUGAUGAAAUCUUCCGUCACCUCUGUGACAAUGCUGCGGCCUGGUCCCUCUGCCUGUCAUUUCUUCAGUGUGCUGAAGUGCAGUAGCCUUCCAGAUGACCAAAAGUCCAAAUCCAACAACUCAAGCUUCCUAGUAAAGGCCUUAAGGUUUUCCACCAUAUCCACGACUGUUUUACCUCUUUCUUGUAACUGCAGAUUUAACCCGUUUAAGUGACAGAAUGUGUCAGCCAAAAAAAUCUGUGUGUAGCUUGCAGUUAACGCUUCAAUGUUUCUGUGUCGGGCCUCUGUCUGGGAAGGAUACUUUGAAAGGUCCAUGCUUAGAUUCAUAAUGACGUCUGAGAUUGAAUUCUUUGCAAACAGCGACAUUUUCAUUGCAAAUAAGACACAGUGGCUUGGCAUUGGGUGAAUAUGGUAAGAUGAAUGCAUCUCUCUGUACAUUAUUCCCUGAAACUUUGAUUUUCAUUAUCCACCUUUCUUUUGAUACUUUUUGAGAGCGACAUUUUCUCUCGCUAUCAAGCUAAUUGUUCUGAACGAAUGUCGACGUUAAAUAAAGUAGAGUAACCUACAGUAAGCUACGUAGACCUGUUUUUCCCACCAAUCAACGCACAGAGAAAUAGACCAAAUAAUAUUUGAAUAGAGACAUGGUGAUUUUUAUGAGCGUAAUCAGAUCGAAAUGAUUAUGUUAUUGUCACAGAAUUUAUUAUGUACUAAUCGGAUGUGUUAAAAAUGUUUUAUUUGUAGUUAUUAUAUACUAAUUAUGUUCUGGCCCGCCGACUAUUAGCUAGUUGACGAACCCUGUUAUAGACAGAAGUGUGCUACAUGGCAGACCAAUCUGAACUCAUCUCUCGGCAUGUCCAGCCAACUCAUUAUCUCAGCCAAUCAUGGCUAGCGGGAAGGUUGCUGUCUUUUUCUGUGGCUAAACCAACUAGGCUCGUAAUUUAACAAUUGUAUUCGUAUUUACAGGUGGCAUACAAGUUUGUUAUUAAGGCACAUGAAAGUUUGCAUGUUCCAGAAGGCAUUUCUGCCAAAAAAGUGCAUUUAGAUAAAAAUAAGUUUACGUUCAAAUGCCUCUCCUGUGAAGUAGUGACGCACGACAUAUGCCUAGUUUCCUGAAACGAGUCACUUUUGGGUAAGCAUGUGUUUGUGUUGCGUGUCUGUCUUUGUAAUAGGGAGGAGGUCCCACUCGGCAAGCCUGGCGCACCGGGAGGAAAUGACCUUGUGUCGGCGCUGCACCGCCUCUCCCUGCGGCGGCAGAACUUCCUGUGCGAGCGGCAGUUCUUCCAGGCGGAGCGCAGCAAGAAGCUGGAGGCCCUGGCCGGGGGGGUGGAGUCGGACGUGGAGGGGAGUGGCUACAGCUCACCAAUGAGCAGUGUCAUGUCAUCCUUCACCAACCUAUCAGAGUUCUCGGUCUCGUCCAGCUGUUUUAAGACCUUCCUCCCUGAGAAGCUGCAGAUCGUCAAGCCCAUGGAGGGUAAGGAUACGUUCAUGCUUUAAGUGUAGUCAUGAUAAUGGCCAAGUUCCAGACUGUCUGAUAUCAGCCCCGCUGCACAAAUUAACCAGUGAUUGAAUGCCACAUCAUCUACAUUGCAGUCAGGCAUCAGAUUUCAGUAUGUUAGGCUGCGUUUAGACAGGCAGCCCAAUUAUGAUCUUGUUUUCACUACUUGGUCUUUUAAACAAUCAGCUCUGAAAAAUAUCUGAUGUGAAAAGAUCUGAUGUGAUUGGACAAAAGACCAAUUGGUGGGAAAAAGAUCAGAAUUGGGCUGCCUGUCUAAACGCAGCCUUAGAGAUGUGGUUACUGAAUGUAGGCGUCCAGGAAUGCAGCCAAUAGCUAUGACAUCUAUCCAGGAGUUAUUCCUGACCCAGUAGCUAUGACGUCUAUCCAGGAGUUAUUCCUGACCCAGUAGCUAUGACAUCUAUCCAGGAGUUAUUCCUGACCCAAUAGCUAUGACGUCUAUCCAGGAGUGAGUUAUUCUGACCCAAAUAGCUAUGCCGUCCUAUCCAGGAGUUUAUUCCUGACCCAGUUAGCUAUGACGUCUAUCCAGGAGUUAUUCCUGACCCAGUAGCUAUGACGUCUAUCCAGGAGUUAUUCCUGACCCAGUAGCUAUGACGUCUAUCCAGGAGUUAUUCCUGACCCAAUAGCUAUGACGUCUAUCCAGGAGUUAUUCCUGACCCAAUAGCUAUGACGUCUAUCCAGGAGUUAUUCCUGACCCAGUAGCUAUGACGUCUAUCCAGGAGUUAUUCCUGACCCAGUAGCUAUGACGUCUAUCCAGGAGUUAUUCCUGACCAGACGAUGACCUUACUGUGAUGUAUAUUAUCAUAUCUGUAUACUGGUACUCUUGUAAUUAGGAUGUUUAGUUGUGAUGUAACACAUUGAUCCCUGACCUCUAACCUCUGACCUCUCUAGGCUAUCUGAGACCAGAGUUUGAACCCAGUUGGUCACAUUAUGAUAUCUGUCAACUGUAACACUCCUAAUUGUCAUAUGUGAAUAUUAGACUGUGAGUAAUGCAUUUGACGCCUGACCCCUUAACCUUUAACCUCUGACCCCUCUAGGCUCCCUGACUCUGCACCACUGGCAGCAGCUGGCCAAGCCCCACCUGGGCACCAUCCUGGACCCCCACCCGGGCGUGGUCACCAAGGGCUUUCGGCCCCUCCCCCAUGAUGCUCUCACCGACGCCGUCUACCGCCUCACCGACCUGGAGGAAGACGAAGAGGGAGGCGAUGAAGAACAGAAAUAUGACAUGAGAGGUGCUUUUAUUCACUAUGUACAUUUCACAAAUGACUGACUGGGUAUUGGAAAUGUGCUACAUAAGUACUAUGUAUUAUUAUUAUUAUUAUGAAAGUAGUUUUUUGUAAACGAUUGGUUAAAAAUGAUAAUUUAGCAGUCUCACUAACAAAGGUUUUGGACUCUUCCUGAAUCGUUCAUUCAGGAAAGAGAGGGAAGGAAGGGACAGACGCCUGGGAGAAGGGAGAGGAAGAGGAGGAGGAGGAGGAAGGAGGGAUCACCUUCAAGGUGCAGUGCUCGUCAACACCGGAGGAGAAGAGGGAGAGGAGGAGGGAGCUUUUGCCGUUGAACGGGCCACCGGUGUCUCCCGUGUCCCCCGUUUUCCUACCAGUACCAGGCUCUCCACAGCUCCCUCUAAUCGCGGUCCCCUCUGACCUCUCUAUGACCUCUAAUGCCACCUGUGACAUCAUUAGGAGCCCGGCCCUCUUGGCUCCGCCCGUCACUGUAACAUCCACUUCUCCUGUCCAAUCCCAGAGCCAGACUGUCACCAGUCUCACCACCACCACUACUACUACAUCCUCGUCAGGUAAGUACAAAAAUAAAAAUAUUAACAUUAAAAGUUUAACGCUAAAGCUGGAAUCCUUAAUGGUGAAACAGCCGUUCGCGAUAUUACAACGCCAAAUAAGUUACUGCAACAACGGACACUGUUUUGCCCCUCUGACAUAAUGGCCCUCGCCAUAGAAGAGCACAAUAUGUACUGCAUUGUUUCACCAUGCUGCCUGACGCUCCUCAGCUCAGCAACAACAACCGUAACAACGUGUUGGAGCGGCCAGUGGUGCUGUUUGCCCUUACUUCUCAAAACAAAUCAUUGCUGUACAAAUGUGUCAAUAUUUCUCUCCCAAGAUAAGAAACUGAAAAGGGUAGUUAUUGGUUUGUGAUCUAAGUUGACGUGUGUGUUUUGUCUCUUCAGUUCAUAACCCGGGGAAAUGUCAGAGUUCAACGUUCUCCACCUACACCUUCACAACCUGCCGUAUCCUGCACCCCUCUGACAUCACCCAGGUCACCUCCAGGUACACACACACACACACACACUCAUGACUAUGAAGGCGAUUGGUGUUGUGUGUUUGUGCUGUGGUGUAUAUGACAUGGCUAUGUGGGCUAACAUUGUCUCUCUCUCUCAGUUCCCACUGUCAGUCUUCUGUCUCCGAGUACACCCCCAGCUCCAUGCGGACAGGCCCCAGCACCCCGGUGACCCCCUGCAGGCUGAGCCUGGGGGUGGACUCCUUCCCCCCUCGCCGCCCCCCCGCCCCCUGUGGCCUGGCCAAGCUGGUCCUGGAGAAGGGCAUCUCUGCUUCCCUCUCCACCGCCGAUGCCCCCCCUCCCUCACACCCUAAAGCCCCCCUCCCCCAGCAUCUCCUCCCCAACACGCCCCCCAACUCCCCGUCCCACUCGCCGGCCCCCUCGCCUGUGCCCUUUGAGUCCCGCGCCUCGGCGCCAGCCGCCUGUGACAACUUCCUGGCGUCGCGGCCGGCCGAGCUCUUCCUCCAGGACGUGUACGGGCUGAAGUUUGGCCGCGCCCAUCGCCCCAACCUCCCCAGCCCCGACCCCGCCUCACAUAGCCUCAGCCUUAGCCACGCCCCGAGAAUCAAAUCCAAAGCUAAACCCGACCUCCAUCAACGUAAACUUAGUCGAGAGGCUACGCCGGCUGGGAUUGGUCAAGGUACUCCAGGGGACGGAGCCGUUGUCGGAGGGCCUGGGGCGCCAGGACUCGGCCACCUUCCUGGCCACGGGCGGAGGCAGCCUAUUGGACGGCCUGCGGCGGAACCAGAGCCUCCCAGCUAUGAUUGGAGCGGUGCGGGGAAGUCCCUCCCACCAUCUGGGCCAGGCCUCACCUCAACCACCCACCUCCCUAGCCAUCGCCCCGCCCCCCUGGGGCAACCUGAAGGAGCAGCGCUCUGUCCGCUCUAGGCCCGCCUCCACUUCCCACGCCCCACCCCCUUCACUUAAACGCUGA